AUAUCAACUCUAUAUUUAUUAAAUUUUCUUAGAUUCAAAAAAAGUAAUUUGAUAUACUUGAUCCUUUUAAACUUUUCAAACACAAAGCAAGGCACCCUUACAAAUACAAGACACAGACUAUUCCUAAGCCACUUGGAAAGAAGUUAUCAACAUCACACGUCACGUCAGCAUGAAUCUCCCAGGAGCAGGGACAAUCUGUUAUGUGGUUACUAUGUCCUUAUCACAGCCAAGAGCACCACAACGUCACCUGGUACAGAACUCACAUUGUCAUGUCUCCAGCUGUCCCGAAAUGUCUGCCUUAGCUUGGAUUCCUCCAAAAGUAGAAUGUGAGGUUUCAAGUGAAGGUGUUUAUUCAAGAAGUAAUGUAAAAGCACGGGAAGAGGAACAAGCAGGUGAGGCAGAGUGAGGAAGGAAACCUGGAAUUUCAUCCUACUGGAAAUGCUGGGAAACAGGCGAGUUGCUGGGGUAUCGAUGUGUUGACUGCUACCUCUCAUCUGGGGCUUGCUCCCAGGAGGCAUUCAUUCCCUGGUAUCUACAGCCCCCAUCACAGGCUGAGGAGCAGGUGACCAGAGGAGGCCCUCAGGCAAAGGGGGACAGGGGUGGCAGCUGCCACAGUACAGCUAAGUGUCCCUCAGUCCGUAUAAUGUGCACAUUGCUUUUGACUGUCCAGGCUCUGCCCUUCCAAACAGCUGUUGAUAACUUGUCCUUUGUAACAAAAUUAAGCACUGGAGACUCCCUCGGGUGGACGGGUAUUCCCUGAGGCUAGUUGCUUUCUCCAGAUGACAGGUCAAUGACAUUGUUCCCUGUGCCCUCUCAGGUGUCACAUGAUAUGCUCCUGCCAUGGUAGAUGUGUGCACCAGGCCACGGCUUGCCUUCCCCUCAAGGCAAGCCCAUGUGGACCCCACAGGACAGACCUUACUCUAUGUUGGUACCUUUUGGAGCCCCAGACACUAUAGACCCUGACCCAGGCUCUCAUUAUACUUCCCACCCCUACAAGCACGGGUACUGGAACAAGGCAUAUAAUGGGAUUUUCACUGGCUGGUCCCUCAAGUGGCAGGUCUGACUGAGAGACAUAAUGGCCUUGUUAAGGAAGUGCUAUUUAAGUUACACUUGGGUAAAUGGUUCCCCUUAGGGGGUCACUCUUCUGCCUCAGGCCUUGAUCCUAUUAAAUUCUAGACUGGAGGGCCCCAAAAGACCUCCUACCAACUUUUGUAAAGUGCCAUAUCACCUCCCAUUAAUGUCAAGGAGAUAUAAAAAGUCUCCGUGUUCACUGAGACUCCAGUUGUAUGUUUACUCGUCACCACUUCCCCUCCACCUCCAUUUCUCAGUCGUUUGUGGUCCCAACAGGUUUGGUGACCUGACUGAGAGCAGGUUCCUCCCUGUGACCCAUGACCACAGAAGCCCUAGGGAUCCCCUGUGGGACCCCGAGGAAGUGCUAACUGCUCUCCCUGCUCCACAAGUCUUUGCCACCAGGACCUGUGUGGCCCACUGAGAGAGGAGACGGCAAACUCCGUCUAGAAAUGCUAGUCAUGUCUGAGACACAAGGGGAAGAAGUUCCUGUGCUUCUGUGGGGCCCCUAAACCACACUCAGCAUGUCAGAGCAGCCACAUUCCUGGGCUCUGGAGAUAAAAGGCCCCUUCACCCGGGACCACCCCACCCGCUUGAAGAUCCAGCGAGACUACAACCACGCACCUCCAAGUGACCACCUGCCUCAAACACGACCUUCCAACAGGACAGCUCUCCAGUGCUAACGUUUGUCAGCCUUCCACCCCUGGGUGCUCAAGGACGCCUGCAAACAUUUCUUUUAAGAAAGAAGAAGAUCAGUGUCUGUCUAUCCAAAAGAGUAAAGGAAGAUGAGUCAAAUGAGAUCCUAUUUUGUAAAGCUGAAUGAUGGGCUCUUCAUGCCCAUUCUGGGACUUGGCACCUCUGCUCCUAGUAAGGUUGCUAAGAGUAAGGUAGAAGAGGCCACCAAGAUAGCAAUUGAUGCAGGCUACCGCCAUAUUGACUCAGCUUAUAUGUACCUAAAUGAAGAAGAGAUCGGGAGGGCCAUCCAGGAGAAGAUUGCCAAUGGCACUGUGAAGAGACAAGACAUAUUCUACACUUCGAAGCUGUGGGGCACGUUUUUCCAUCCAGAAUUGGUCCAAACUGGCCUGGAAGUGUCACUGAGGAGAGUUCAGCUGAGCUAUGUGGAUCUUUAUCUUAUUCAUUUCCCAGUGCCUUUGAAGCCUGGGGAGGAGAUUGUGCCAAAGGACGCACAUGGGAAAAUCAUUUUCGAUGAGGUGGAUCUCUGCACCACGUGGGAGGCCCUGGAGAAGUGCAAAGAUGCGGGUCUAACCAAGUCCAUCGGGGUGUCCAAUUUCAAUCACAAACAGCUGGAGAUGAUCCUGAACAAGCCAGGCCUGAAGUACAAGCCCGUGUGCAACCAGGUGGAAUGUCACCCUUACCUCAACCAGAGCAAACUGCUGGACUUCUGCAGGUCCAAGGACAUUGUCUUGGUUGCAUACGGUGCCUUGGGGUCUGACUCAGAGAAGGAAUGGGUGACCAAGGACAGCCCAGUUCUCUUGAAGGAUCCAGCACUCAAUGCCAUCGCUGGAAAGCACAGGCGAACUCCAGCCCAGGUUGCCCUGCGCUACCAGCUGCAGCGGGGGGUGGUGGUCCUGGCCAAGAGCUUCAAUGAGAAGAGAAUCAAAGAGAACUUCCAGGUUUUUGAUUUCCAGUUGACACUGGAGGAUAUGGAAACUCUAGAUGGCCUGAACAGAAACAUUCGCUAUUUUGAAGACAAGUUGUUUUAUAGUCAUCCAAAUUAUCCAUUUUUGGAGGAGUAUUAACAGCAGUGUCUGUGGUUGCUCCAGUUUUUUUAUUUUGAUUUUGCUUGGUGAUUGACAAAUGUCUCAUGGAUGAGAAAGUAUCUGGUUUAUUCCAUGUUGUUUAGCCUUACCAAUCACAAUAUGGUUCAAGUUCCUGGAUCAGACAAUAGAAGUCUCUAAACUCAGGCUUUUCUGCCAAGAGUACAUACAUAAAGGUACAUUUUAAACUACCUAA